GAUUCAAAAUGCAUGCAUGCGCACAAACAAGAAAGUUGAGACCAGCUUGAGAUGACAGCCACUGUCAGCCAGGCUCUGAAGAAAGAACACGGGCAUCAAUUUGCCAAGACCCAAAUAAUAGGAGCCCCUGAAAUAUCAGCCCGCAUCAAUCAAAGGCAGCGAAAGAGCCACGCAAUCGCAAACUCCGAUCGAAAAUUAUCAAACUGCAUUGUAUAGCGGUGGUCUUUGGCCGACGAUGCGCCUUCCUAACCACGAUGUAGCUUCGUCAGCAGUGAUGAUCACCAUCGGCUUAGCGAUGUUUGGCCAAACAGCUAUCAGCAUCAGUAUCACGCCGACCGACGUGUGUAAACUAGAUCCGAGAGGGAAGUGUCCCGCGGGCUUCCGAAUGACACCAUUCAAAGAUUGUCUACAACUUCAAGGCUGCCUCUUCUAUGCGGAGGUCAGAAAUCCUCUGGACAAAGAGGACAGGUUCAAGACCUGGAAAGCUUUGCGAGGCCAAAUUGGGCCCGACAAUGACGCUUUCUUUGUCUUUACGAAUACAUCUAAUGGACCAUCCCAGUCCGUGGGGUCAAAAUACUGGCCACAGGCAGACUUCGUCUGUUGGCGAGCUAGAACAGAGCGUGAUCCAUGGUCAGUGUACACCCUCGAUAAGGUCAUUGGAGUGAAACAGUUGACUCAAAAAGUCGGAGGUGUGGUUUACAAGGGCUACAUCAACUGUGACUUACUUGGCGUUAUCCAAAAAGAGGUCCAUUGCUGUAAUGAGUGUUCAUAAUGAAUUGGCGUGACACGUACAGAUGGGAACGCAAGUUCAAUUGAGAGUCG